AUGACCCAUAGAAGUUUAAAAACAGUAAAAACAGACUUGUACUAAGAAACAAACAUUUGACGAAUGGAGAUCAAAUUAUUUUUUAUUGGUGAGAGAUUAGUGUUGAGUUUGUGGGCACUGAUGUCAAUUGUUGUCUUUGGUGUUUUUCUGGAUGAUGUCAAAAAUGGGAUUAAGCCUAUUAGAACCAGCGCUGGUGUUCAGACUGUGGCGUUUCCACUAAAAUGCACUUUGCAGGGGACACCGCGUUUAUCCAUAUUUUCAGUGCAUGGGGACUUUGUUAUUGGAGCGGUUUUCCUCAUUCACAACAAAGCACAAACAGUGAUUUAUAAUUACACUACCAAGCCGGAGCCUCCACGCUGCACAGAAAGCCUUAAUGUUCGAAACCUGCGUUUCUCUCGUGCAAUGAUGUUUGCUAUCGAGGAGAUCAACAACAGCACAGAGCUGCUGCCGGGAAUCAAACUAGGAUAUCAAAUAUAUGAUACUUGUGCGUCUGGGCUUGUGGCCACGCACGUAGCCUUUCAACAGUUAAAUGGUCAGGACCCUGUGUUUUAUCAAGACAACAAUUGUUCUCAAUCUGAUGCAAUCGUGGCUGUCGUUGGUGACUCUAGCUCAACACCAUCAAUCAGCUUUUCACGCAUCAUUGGACCCUUUAAUAUUCCUCAGGUCAGCCACUUUGCCACAUGUUCCUGUCUGUCAGACAAGCAGCAGUUCCCGACCUUUUUCAGAACCAUUCCCAGUGACCAGUUCCAGGCUGAUGCACUGGCCAAACUGGUGAAACACUUUGGAUGGACUUGGAUAGGUGCUGUCCGCUCAGACUCAGAUUAUGGAAAUUAUGGGAUGGCGUCUUUUCUUGCCGCAGCACAGAGAGAGGGAAUCUGUGUGGAGUACUCUGUAUCCUUUUUUCGAACCGACCCGCGUAGCAAGAUCAAGAGAGUGGCUGAUGUCAUUCGCAGGUCAACAGCUAAAGUUGUUGUGGCAUUUACAGCAACUGGGGAAACGAGCGUUCUGUUAGAGGAGCUGGCCCGGGGUCCUCCAUCACCUCGUCAGUGGGUUGGAACCGAGAGCUGGAGCACCGAUUCGCUCUUGAUGAGCUACAGUUUCUGUGCAGGAGCCAUCGGGGUUGCUAUUCAACAAUCUGUCAUUCCAGGUCUGAGAAACUUUCUGCUCAGACUUCCUCCUACAGAAGUAGCUGCCUCCUCUGUGCUUACGGAGUUCUGGGAGGAUGCGUUCAACUGCACGCUGACAAAAAAGAGCUCCACAGGUGCUGAUCCAGAGAAGAGAGCAUGUGAUGGAACUCAAGACAUGGAUACUCUCCAGAGUCCAUAUACUGAUACAACUCAAUUAAGAGUCACUAACAUGGUGUAUAAGGCUGUUUAUGCAAUAGCUCAUGCCAUUCAUAAUGCAAUCUGUCAAAAAACAAAUUUCACCACUGAAUGUGAAAAAAACAUCAGAUUGGAGCCUAAACAGGUUUUAACUGAAAUAAAGAAGGUAAAAUUUUCUCGCAAUGGUUAUCCUGUGUCAUUUGAUGCUAAUGGAGAUCCAGUAGCUUUUUAUGAGCUGGUCAACUGGCAAAAGAGUGAGCGUGGAGUUAUUGAGCUGGUAACAGUAGGGUACUAUGAUGCAUCACUGCCUAAAGGCCAGGAGUUUCAUAUCAACAGGAAUAUAUCAUGGGUGGAGAGCAACACACAAGUACCAGUAUCAUUGUGCUCCAAGAGAUGUCUACCAGGAACCCAUAAAAUAUUACAGAAAGGAAAACCCAUCUGCUGCUAUGAUUGUAUACCAUGUCCUGAAGGAGAGAUUAGUAACAUGACAGAUUCCCCAGACUGUUUACCGUGUCCCAGUGAAUUGUGGCCUAAUGCACAAAGAGACGCUUGUUUCCCCAAACCUGUGGAGUUUCUUUCCUAUGAUGAAGUCCUGGCAAUCAUCCUGGCUGCAUUCUCUGUUAGUGGGGCCUGUCUGGCCAUCAUAACAACAGCUAUUUUCUUUCAUCACAGAACAACUCCAAUUGUCAGAGCCAACAACUCUGAGCUGAGCUUCCUGCUGCUCUUCUCUCUGACUCUGUGUUUCUUAUGUUCAUUAACUUUCAUCGGAGCUCCCUCUGAUUGGUCCUGCAUGCUGCGAUACACAGCGUUUGGUAUCACCUUUGUUCUCUGUAUCUCCUGUGUUCUUGGGAAGACUGUAGUGGUUUUAAUGGCCUUUAAAGCUACACUUCCAGGUAGUAAUGUCAUGAAAUGGUUUGGGCCUCCACAACAAAGAAUGACUGUAGUGCUAUUUACAUUCAUACAGGUAGUAAUCUGUACUGUGUGGCUGUUACUCAGCCCUCCAUUCCCAAUGAAGAAUCUGAGCACAUACAAGGAGAAGAUCAUCCUGGAAUGUGCAUUAGGUUCUGCUGUUGGGUUCUGGGCUGUGCUCGGGUACAUUGGCCUGCUGGCUGUUUUCUGCUUUGUGUUAGCUGUUCUAGCUCGGAAACUACCUGAUAAUUUUAAUGAAGCCAAGCUGAUAACCUUCAGCAUGCUGAUAUUCUGUGCAGUGUGGCUCACCUUCAUCCCAGCAUAUGUCAGCUCUCCUGGAAAAUUGACUGUAGCUGUGGAGAUAUUUGCUAUUCUGGCCUCCAGUUUUGGACUGAUUCUGUGUAUAUUUGCUCCAAAGUGUUUCUUCAUCUUAUUUCAGCCUGAGAAGAACUCUAAGAAGUUUUUACUGGACAAACAUAAAAAUAAAGGAUCAGAGAUUGGAAAUUAAGAUGGAAACACGAAUACCCCUUCAUCGUUUUUGACACCGUUGAAAUUUGUCAAUACAAUUAUUAAAUAUCUGCAUUUUGUUAUAAACCUGCUCACAAACAGAAAUUUAAUCUGGAAUGCAAUUGACCUGAAAAAUCACAAACAAAACGAAAAGAAAAACGCUAAUGUGAAGUGUUCCUAUGCAAAAAUUGAUAACAGCUUUUUGUAAUCAAAUUGACUUAUCUUUGCUUUGUCUUAUAACCUAUAUAAAAAAAAAGAUUAAAUGUUUUGUUCUGUUGUUUGUUUUUAAGUUC